UGAUUAGCAACUGGACUAUUGUUCUUUCGACUUCAUUGUUCUUCAAGUUACAUCCUCACAAAAAAAAUGAAGAACUUGUUUGUCGUCGUUUUAUUCGUCACGACGUGCACAGUUUGCGGUCAAAUACCGGCUGAUUGGAAUUACGAUCCUUAUAGCUAUCAUCCUUACUUUUCACUGGCGCCUGCUGCUCACUCGAAUAAGAAUAAAGGGACCCAGACGGUGGCCAGCUUCCGGUCUUCACAAAAAGCUGAUGAACAGCCUCAAGUCCGCAAUAUUUUCACUCGAGGUCUUAUCGCCAGAAUGGAACUUCUCGAGAUCACCGUUGAGAACCUGACCAAGGAAUUGAGAUUAAAGACUACCAAAGAUUUAUCGGAUGCCCACACAAGAGUCAAGGAUUUGAACACAAAACUAGCUGACACUACACAGACUUUGGAAGAAACUAACAACGAUUUGAUAGACACAAAAUCCAAAUUGGAAAGUGUUCAAACGGAUUUGCACGUAACGACGCAAGAUUUGAUCAACACUAAGCAAGACUUGGCACAGGUUAAGGCGGAAUUAAUUAAAAAAUUUGAUGGUACCAGCAAUUGGUUGACAGCGACGACAAAGGAUUUGGCGGACACCAAGACGAGAGUUGAUGACCUGACAGCACAGUUGGACGGUACCACCCAAAGUCUGAUGGCCACUAAGAAAGACUUGGCAGACACAAAGACUGACAUUCAGAGUAUCAAAACCAACUUACAAGCAACAUCUCAAGGUUCAGCUGAAACGAAGGUCAAAGUCGGCGAUCUGAUGGCAAAACUAGGCGAAACUACCAAGAAUUUAACGGCUACCAGCACUAAAGUAGUCAAUCUCAACACAAUACUUUUUGGCACUAACCAGAACUUGGAAGCCACUUCAAAAGAUUUGACGGCUACCAAGACCAAACUUGACACGAUCAGCAAGAAUUUACGAAAUACAACUCACGAUUUAGAAGUUACGCAAGUUGAGUUGACAGAUACCAAGACUAAGGUUGGAAAACUGAGUGGAAAGCUAGAUGGUAAAUUAUACUAA